UUCAAAGUUCAAACAUUACAGUAAAAAUAGGGUAUUCGCUGGCUGCUGCUCGUGUGCUAACGGGGGAAAAUAAACAACUUGGCGAGCACGGAAUACGCUGCUCGGUCGCCACCGCACCGAAGACCGGCCGAGGACCCCGAAAAUGGCCCUCAGCUAACCGGUGCCUGCUCUCGGUCUGUUGUCGGCGGAUUUACGGAGCGACGGCUAGCUGGGUGCUAACGUUAGCACGCUAGCUUCGCCAGGAGCACAUAGCAACUACUGCUAGCUAACGUCACUGGACUGGUACUCUUUGCUCUCAAGGCUGCAGCUAUGUUCGUGCAGGAGGAGAAGAUAUUCGCCGGGAAAGUGUUGAAAAUACACAUCUGCACCAUGGACGGCACGGAGUGGCUGGAGGAGGUCACGGAAGACACCACUGUGGAGAAACUGAAGGAGAGGUGCUUGAAACAUUAUGUACAUGGAAGUCUAGAAGACCCCAAAACGCUUACUCACCACAAACUUAUACAUGCUGCUACAGAAAGAGUCCUCACCGACACUAAAACUGUUGCUGAUGAAAAUCUCAAAGAUAAAGAUGUAUUGCUGCUCAUAAAGAAAAGACCGCCACCGACCCCUCCAAAGAUGGCAGAUGUUAGUUCGGAUGAAAAGAAGAAACAAGAUAACAAAGCUCCAGACAAAGACGCAAUCCUGAAAGCUACCGCCAGCCUGUCCACACGCCACACUGACCGCACUGUUACACAACAUAACAUCAGAGACUUUCAGACAGAGCUCAGAAAAAUCCUGGUUUCUCUUAUUGAAGUCGCCCAGAAGCUUCUAGCCUUGAACCCUGAUGCUGUUGAACUCUUCAAAAAGGCCAACGCAAUGUUGGACGAAGAUGAAGAGGAUCGGGUGGAUGAAACAGCCCUUCAGCAGCUCACUGAGAUGGGUUUCCCUGAGAGCAGAGCAAUCAAAGCUCUUAGAUUGAACCACAUGUCAGUGACCCAGGCUAUGGAGUGGCUGAUCGAGCACGUAGACGACCCUUCAGUAGACACGCCGCUACCAGGCCAGGACUCCUCAGGGGCAGCAGGAGCCACGGCAGCCCCCACACCAGGCCCCUCUGCUUCGGCCUCCGCUUCAGCCUCCGGUCCUAACCUUCUCCGCAGCCUCUCCAGUCAGUCGAGCACAGACGAGAGCAGUAGGCAGGACGAACUCACAGAGAUCUUCAAGAGGAUCCGCAGGAAAAGGGAGUUCAGACCAGAUUCAAGGGCUGUCAUCGCUUUGAUGGAGAUGGGCUUUGAUGAGAAGGAGGUGAUUGAUGCUCUGAGAGUCAAUAACAACCAACAGGACGCUGCGUGCGAGUGGCUGCUGGGAGACAGGAAACCUUCGCCAGAAGAUCUGGACAAAGGCAUCGACACCAACAGCCCGCUGUUCCAAGCCAUCCUGGAAAAUCCAGUGGUCCAGCUGGGUCUGACCAAUCCCAAGACUCUGCUAGCGUUUGAAGACAUGCUGGAGAACCCACUGAACAGCACCCAGUGGAUGAACGACCCCGAAACCGGCCCGGUCAUGCUCCAAAUAUCCAGAAUCUUCCAGACCCUCAACCGCACAUAGAGCCUCCUGGUGACCCCUGUAUGUGUGAAUGUGUGUGUGUGUGUGCGUGUGUGAUUGUGGCAGCUUGUAUGUAUGUGUGUGUGAUUAUACUGGGAUGUAUGCAUGAGUGUGUCUGAGUGCGGCAGAGACACAAGUAUUGUUUUUUGCCUUGUAAAGACAAAGCCAGAGGAGUCAAACGUAUGAACUAAGACAUAUAACUAUUUAUAACAGUACAGUAAAAACACUUAUACAAAACAAAUGUUAACAUAAACAUUAUUAUUAUUACAGUAAUAAUAUAAAAUUGAGAUUUAGUAUGUUGUUUUUACAUUUUAAUGAUAACAAUUUAUAGGUAUGACAGACAUGAUUUAUUUUAUAUAAUUUCUCCAUGUGCAAAAAUGACAUCAGACAUCGAUUUAAUGUUUACACUUCAAAGAAAAACUGUUUUUGUAUGUUUUGCAAUAUUUAAAUAUCAAUCACAGUUUUGUCUGUCUCUUUAAAUUGUUACAUUUCAUCCGUGGUGAUCGUGUGGAAGACUUCCGUCAGUACCAGGUUUUGUUUUCCAUCCCUCCUCGUCUCGGUUUCAUUGGAAUAACUGCUCAUAAUAGAGAGCUGUUGGUGAAGCUCGUUGAAAACGGGCUUUCAGACACGUUAAGUCUCUUCAUUCGUGCUUGCGAGGUCACUGUAAGUCAACCGCCUCUCCGUUGAAGGAGGAGAACAUUUGUCCUUGAGCUUCUUCAGACAUAUUUAUUUGACUUUCUUGCCUUUUUUUUUUCUUUCUUUCUUUCUUUCUUUUUUUAAGAUGAAAGCUGUACACUAAACUGUGUGUCUCAGUCAUGUUUUUACAAAAAAAAAAAAGAUGUAAUAUUAGGCCUGUGUGUUUAUUGUCAAUGUGCUCUUGAAUGUCAUAUUAUCUCGUUGCGCUCAUUUAGCACUUGUUCACCUCUAUGAAUAUCGCUCACUGCAGCACCGAGGAAGUUAAAAGAAGUGUUAUUGGUCUCAAAAGGCUGUAGUGGGAUGUUAAAUGAAGCUGAGCCUAAUCAAAAGGGGGGGGUUGCCUUUUUUUUUUUUCUUUGAACCUUUAAUUCGAAUGAUGACGAUGCGCUUUAUGCUGCCGAAGUGAAAACGUCUUCACAAACACAAAGAAAUAAUAGAAGCUGAGAUGCAGCCGGUGUAGGUGUUUUUGGUUUACUUUUUUUUUGUUUGUUUUUCUUUUUUUCUUUUGAGAGCAACGUACAUUUAUGCUGUCAAACCAAACCAAAAUGUCACUGUAUAACCUGCCUUGUCAUUUAGAUGUAUCCAGUGGGAAAAAAAGAAAAAAAAAAAGAAAUACCCUGUUUUUUUCUGUGCAAUAGCAAGGACUUCUGUUGACCUGUAAAGACAUAUAUUUGAUUUGCGUGUUAGAGAUGUGUGACCUGCAAUGGGUAGCGUGUUAUACAAUAUUAGCCUUUGCAUCGAGUACUUAAAGUUUCCAGCUACGAGAAGGGGGAACUUUGCCUCUCCGAGUUGUACCGAGAGUUUAAAAAAAAAGAAAAAGAAAAAACAAUAUGGAGGGUGGUGUGUUUUGCCAAGCUUUUGAGUGUUUUUAUUCAAUAUUUAAAAUGUGGUAUUGAUGUGACUUUCUGCUCAGGGAGGCUGAGAUUGUUUUUCUAAACCUGUCAUUAUGGCAAACCUCUGCUCAACCCCUUCUAGUUUGGCAUUUGAAAAUGGCUUUAACUAAUCUGUCUAGAACUUUGCUUAUGAAUAAGAGCACCACAAGACAUGGUUUCGUAAAUGCAAUAUUUGAAAAUAUUUAAAUGUUUUUAGAGAGAAAGUGUCUGUUUGAACUAUGUAUUAUUACAUUAUUUAUAUCAAAGCCAAACUAGUAACUUGUUCUUAUUUAUAACAUUUUUAGCGAAACCUUGAAGCUAAUCUACAAAUGUGAAAAAUUAAAUGCUUCAAAUGUUGUUUUUACAAACCAUUAUAGAAAUGUGCUUCUGGACUGGUAGGUCACAGUGUGAUUUUAAAGUGAUGCAGCAUUGUUUGAAUGAAGGAGGAUUUCUACACACAUCUCCUGGAAGCCUCUUUUGCACACUUUCUGCACUGCAGUGGACCUUUAUCGUGGUCACAAUGACCAGCUGUCUCACCACCUCCAUGCUUUCCAUUGGCAUGCAUACAAAUCACCAUCUCUCCCCUGUAAUAUUGUGAAGCAAACAUUGGGAGAUCGUACGUUUUAAGGGAAAAAGCUCUGCAAGAAAUGCCGCCAUCUUUCAAAAAAAAAAAAAAGAAAAAAGAAAAAAAUGGUCAGCAGGAACAGAGACGAGCAAAGUGAACUUUAUUGCGUAGGGACGAGAGGGUUGUUGGACUCGCAGAUUAUUGUUUUCACUCCGCUUUCAUGCAGGACUGUCCCGGAUCAACAACCUAUGCAAUAUAUUCACAGUCUGUUCGUUCAAACAGCCUCGUGGCUACUGGCAUCUAAAUCACUAUUGCAUUAAAGUUAUUUUUUGUGGCUGUA